AACCAUGUGCUACUGUUUAUGAUGCUCGCCGCCCGUUCCCGUUGCUGCGACGAUGUAACGAAACCGAAGGCAUCGCCGUUCCUUGCAACAGUUGUGACCUUUGCAAAAACUCGGUUUACCUUGUGUGGAAGUGAGUGCUGUAACGGCGUCAUAAAUAUUGUCCUUCAGUCGAAGAUGGCGCCGAAGAAUGCUUAUUCAUGUCUAUUUAGGCUUCCCACAUUACCUGAGGACGGACUGUAUAAAGUGCAGUGGUAGGGCUGGCUUGCUUCGAUUUUCGUCGCCUGUUGUGCUCUGGGGCUUCUUCAAAUUGCCAAAAAUCGGGGCCACUGGAUCCAAAGAAUGGCUCUAAAGAAUUUUCGGACUCCACCGGGACCCGCUUUAUAAAUGAAAAGGCGGCGCAGACUGCUUCCCUCCCACCCCUCCGUCGUGAAAAAUGCUUUCCACUCGCAAUGGCUCUGAUAGCAAGGGUGCCAUGAAUCAGGAGCUGUCCAUAGCACCCGUGUCUUGCCAUCGCUGCUUCCUGGCCAAGUCUUCCAAGGACCACGUUGUUGUGGUGCCCUCUGGUGGAGCCAACCAGGAAUACCAUAGAUUGAUCCCUGCCCUUUUUCGGGAUGUGUCUACCAUUUCUACAAAGUCACUGCUCAAGCUCGUUCAAGAGCUGUCCAACUCGCUGACGGAGCACAGCCUACUGAUGCGCCUGGUGGGGACGCCCAAGGACGGCCUCCUUCAACGGAGCCGCAUGUGUACUCUGCAAUGCCGCUGCUGCCAGAUGGCACACUGCCUGAAGGCACAUUUUGUGGAUGUUUUCCGUGGGAUGGAAACCUUGUCACAGCCUGACGUUGUGGAGCUGGGCAAGUCCCUGCGCAUCUACAUGGCCUGCUUGCACUCCAUGGAGCAAGAGCUUCUCCAGACUGCCCACCUGUUCCAGCUGUUCCCCUUGCACUCCACCCCAGAUGGUUCGGUGAAAGCUCAGUUUGUGCACACGGGGACUACUGGUGGCAUGGAGCAGAUGUUCAGUGCUGUUUGUGAGUCCCUGAUGUUGUCCACGGCUGACAAGUACCGGCAAGAACGGGAAAGCUGGAAGCAGCUGGCAAAGCUUACGAUGGACAUACGUGCACUCAGUGAUUCGUUGCAUACGGAUGCGGUUCUAGGCUCCAUGGUUGACUAUGUCAUCUUUAAUCCAGAUGACAAACUGUCGAAAACUCACCCACCCAGUGAAAUGGCGCAGUCCAACAACCUGAGGCUGCUUGGGCCUGCCUCUGCCACCAGUUCUGAAGAGAAUCUGGUGGCCAAGAAGAAGCGUCCUUGCCAGCUUGCCUGCCUCGUCUCGUUCAUCUUGCUCAUCGUCUGCAUUGCUGUGGCUGCCAUCGUCUUCUUUCUUGUCUUCUCGUAGCCUUGACUGUGGCAUCGCAGCUCUCCAGCACCUGUCCACUGAGCCUAUCUCUGUUUUCUUCCACCCUUUUUCAACUGCACCUGUAGAAACGUUAUUCCAUUUUCCUCUAUUUGCUCACUUCAGCUGUUCCGUCAAAGUGUACUCCUCUAUACAGACAUUGUCUGGAGGUUUCCUCCCUGAGGCACUGUUGUAGAUAGAUGCGUGCGCGCAUGUGCUGUUGAUGUGGAAGCACAGGAAGAGAUCAUUGCAGAGGAUGGUUGAUGGAGGCACUUAUGCAUCUCUAUGCUCGCUUCUCAUCAUCCCUAAGCCUUCUUUCCUCUUCUGUUUGUACAAAGGACAUCUGCUCAACAAAAACUCAGUCAAUAAGAGGAAAGUCUUACCCACUUUAGUGCUGACCCUAAAUGCAGUAUGGCCAAUGUGACCUGGAAAAGGUAAAGAAAGUGGCUUGUACUUUUUCUUUUCUGCCUCUAUGUUAGUUUCUUGUAUACCAUAUGUGUAUAUAUAUAAAAGAGGCUAGCAUUUUUUAACUUUUAUUUUCAUUUCGUUCCAGUAGUAGCCACACACUGGCAAUUCCCAGGAGUACUAGUUCCUGUUUAUGUAAGCUUUUGUAUUGUUUGCUUUGCUCUCAGCAUUUACGAAGCAAUGGUAGGCUGUAAUGAAGAAAAAAAAUUCAAGAUUUCUAAACAAAAAAAGUAUGCAUUUUCAGGACACACAGGAGAGAUUUAUUAUUCAUACAUUUUGUGCCAGAUUGCAUAAGUUAUCUACUUAAAUAUCAAAGCAGCACUUAUUUUUAUACAUAUUUUUUUUUUCUGUGGAGGCGUCAUAUUGACAUGGAAGACCUGUGACCUGACCUUUCGUUGAGCAGGGGAUACACCGUGUGUUACCUUCCUUCACUUUAUCAUGUGACUAUUGCUUAACAAAUUAUAUAUAUAUAUAUAUAUAAAAGACUAAAAGGAAUUUAGAUGACAGAGAAAGAUAACCUAAAAUGAACUUACAAUAUUUUCUUAGCUCACCGUCUUUUCUCAGAGCUUCGUGCGCUGUGACCUCCUGUUUGGGCCACACGUGCUCUGCAGGUAUCAAUUUGCUGUUCUUUCGAUAUAGAUGGCCCUUUGGUCUUCAGAGAGAUGCAGUCUAUUUAUGAAGACACAACAUUAGUAAUAGAGGAAGGCAGGAGAUUGCAAAAUAUGUCUAUACUGCUUGACAAGGAUUUAUGCUUAGGAAAGUGCACAUGCUUGAACAGGGAGGUCAACAUAUUUCACAUACAUAUUUAUAUAAUAUAGUCACCUUUACUGAUGCAUUCUCACAUCAGUUUGGUUUAAACAUGUUUAAGCCAUAGCUGCACUGAGGUAAGCAUCCCUGCUGCCAUGCUCACUCUCGGUAAUGGUUCAGGCACAACACUUUCUUUGGUGUUUGCAGAGUGCACUGCUUCUGCUAGUUAGGACUAUUGAGGGCCUCAUAACUACGCGUCGUUUCUCACAGGGAGAAGCCUAUGGUAUAUACUGGCUUCUAAACCUGGGGAAUAGUCCAAGAUCUCACUCUGAAUAGAUACAUACGAUUGCGUCGAGCUAGCAGCUUCAAGGCAUAGAAAAUAGUCUUGCUCCUAGGAUUCCAGAAAGUGUAUUUCGAAUGGUCACAGUAGGCACAUAGGGGCAGUGCUUUGUCUUUCUAUUGCCUGGCUAACACGCUAUGAAGGAGCUGCUGUUUCUUCUCUUAACUCCUGUAAACUCCUGUAAAUCGAAAAUGCAUCAGAUCAUAGCUCUCACAUCUAUGGACAAGCAGUAUGGUUUGGUAUAGUGCGUACUUGCACUGAUCAAGUUAGAAAGCUGGUAGUUGGCAAUAUACCAUUUUUAUGACCUUAUUAUAGGCUACCUAUGAUGAGUUUGAAGCAAGUCCAGAUAAAUCGUAAAUUCUUGUUUUUUAGAGGGCAGAGUCAAAAGUCAGUUGAGAUUAGAUGCUGUUCAUUUGAUGUCUGAAUAUUGACUCUUGUUCCUUGUCAUGAGGUUCAUAAAGACACACCCACAAGUUUUCUUAGUGCAUGUUUCUGAAUAUUCCCACUUUAUGUGCUUAUGAUAAGACUAACGUGAUAGCUGUGGCUAUAGUUCUGUUUGCAUGUAGAUUUAACUUUAUUGGGGAUGUUUUAGUAAGGUAAUAACAUUUGUGAAUUAGUUGUGAAGAAAAUGUGGCUGUGUAUUAUGGAGUCUGACGGGGACAAAAAGUUGUUAUGGCUUAUCUUUUUUUUAUACAUAAAUAGUUUUUGUUAACGUAGUGCAAUGAAACAUUGGCAAACAUUUCAUGCCCUGCAGAAUUUCUGUCCAUAGGUGAAAUGAAAAAAAUUCUUUGACUGAUAUGCUCAUUCCCUUAUGUUAUGAGUGCCUGUAUUUUAAAAGCCACACCCUUCGUUGAAGUAGAAAACAACACUGAACAUUUUCUUAGUAUUUUGUUUGUAUGCUCUGUAUAAGAAGGUAUUGACCAGCUCUGGAUCGUGUACCCAACGCUAAUGAACCUGCCUAUGUUUGGUUCCUUGUGAUAUACAUGAUACUAUGUGUUGCUACAAAGUAUUUUCCUUCCAUGGCCAUGCACGCAGUGCUGAUGGUCUUGUUGGCUAGUAGUUUCAGAGGAGUGGGCAGCUGCUGUGUGUGUUUCUCACAGAGGUGCCCCUUGUGUUGCAAGGCUCAUCAUACUUUUGCUGCUUUGCAAUUUUAUCUUGGCAAUCUGUAUGCGCAGUUGGUUUCGUUGUUGGAGCGCCAAAGCCUGUGUACCUGCAAUCUCGAGAACAGUGUCCUCCAUAACUUUUGUGCCCUCUUCCCUCAAGAUUUUUUUCUCUCAUGGAAGUGUAGGUUGAAGUUGUGGUUCAGCUGCUUCUCACAGCACACUGGUUACCACCAUCUUGAAAACUUUUUGUCAUCUGUUCCCUCUCCUAGCUUCAUUCUUGCUCUACUGGUAUUUACUGGUCUUUACUGGUCUUUCUUCUCAGAUGCCUUCCUGUGUUGUCAAGGAAGCUUUGUACAUAAAGAGCUGUAUAGCAGUUGUAGGCAUUAUUAUAGUGUGCAUAUAGCGUACAGUCUUCCUUCAGAAAAUAGAACCUGUACAACCUGUACAAUAGUAAAUACAAAUAUUAUAUAUAUAGAUGUAUAUAUAUAUGUAUGUAUAUUGGUAUGUAUGUACAUGGUGUUUUCUUAUUUUCUGACAUUCACCUGCUGCCAAAGGAGAGUGACAGCUUCGUUAGUGUAUCAUUUUAUGCUAACAUCUUAUUCCUGGGCAUGUCAGAACAUGAAGGGAGUGGGUAUGACUGUUUUACUAGGUUGAUUAUUCUUGCUUCUUGGCUUGUGCAUUGUGGCUGUCAUUUUAUACUGCCAUCAUCCAAAAGGCUAUAUCUAAAUGGCUGUGCUCUUGAAGAAAUGCUGCGUUUCAAAACACACUACUUUCUAGAUGUCACAUGUUUGCUUUACAGCAAUGAUGCAGAAUACUGGAAUGGUCUGAACCCAUGGGAACAAGACAGACAAGUGCCAGUGUGGAAGUUUUUUUGCGCCUUCCUACAUUCUUAGUCACUUUCACAUCAUUUUAAUAUUAAAAUUAACUGUACCAACCAUUCUGCUUGUUAGCCAAGCUACAGCAGUGCAGGGGAUUCACAUUUCUUUGAGUGAAAAUAUUUGAAAUGUUACUGGGGCCCCUAUUACAUCAAUAUUGGCACUGCAGUUUGUGAGUUUACUAUUAUUUGGUAAGCUAUGUGGGCUCCGUGUUGCCAUGUCAGUUUCUAAUGCAGUUUUAUGGCAGUAAAAUUGCAACACAUUUGUGCUUGUUGCUCACGAAUGUAUUGCACGAUUACAGCUAACUAAAACUGCAAUGAGAGAUGCAUCACAUACAUAGACUUCCUAUCAUGCCAAAUUUAAAUAACGCUAUAGAAUCUUUACGAUGAAGCAGCAGAAUUGCAUUCGAAGUUCUAAUUUAUGCAGUAAGAAAACCUGGCAUAGCAGCCAGUUGAUUUUUUGGACAUGUGUGUGAUGUAAAAUGUGCCCAAAUAAGCUGGCAGUGCUAUAAAAUGAAUUUAAUGGCUUUAAAAAAAGUAAUUUCAUCUCCUUUUGAAACGUCAGCAGAAUGGAAUGCUUGUUAUUAGACUUUUGCUCAAUCUUGCACUUUAGUGCAAUAAUAUCAUCUACUUUACAUUCUGAGAUAGCUGUACAUCUUCUGUUAGCCCAAUACCAACUGCUCGAUGUGUGUUGCAUCUUGUCACUAGUGGCAACGUUGGCAGUCCAGGGUUAUGUCAUGUUGCGUGAAUUCAGUUUGGAUCUUUCUGCCUGCAUACAAGCUUCUACCAUUAUGGUCUGUAAGCACACAGGCAAACUUGUUAAAAGGAUAGGCAUGCUGUAAUGGUUGCUGGCAAGUUGACUGCAGAUCCGCUGGGUGCUUCUUAUGUCAAUCGAGCCCACCGCCAAGAUUUCUUGCAUGAUUGCCCAUGGGGCAUACUGCAGCACUGAAAGUGCACCAUGGGAAUAGCUGUCGUGAGCUGACAUGCUUACCCUGACAAAACUGUCUGCUGACUUGCCAAGCUUGGAUGUGACCUAUGAAAACAGCAGCACAAAAUGAAGUUGAUGUUAUCGAUCAAACUUAAAUACUUGCAUGUCUUCUUUGUGGGAUGAGCUACUUUCAUCUUUCUCCAUGACCACACCAUUUCUACCACCACAUUUUGUGAACAAAUUUGCUGCCCGACAUCAAUUUGUGUCAAUUGUAGUGGUAUGGAACAUUACUCGGUCAAAUUUGUUGCAUAAUACGAAAUAUACUGUGCCUAAGAAAAGUAUAUGACGUUGUAUCAAUUUGAAGCUUUUGUGUCACUGAGGCUCUACUAAAAGAGAUCUUGAACAUUUUGAUGCACACAUUUUUCUUAUACUGUAGUACUAAAAUUUCUCAUUUCGGUUUCUGGUAAAAAUUUCAAAUGGAUAGUAUGAUGAUUGUGACAUUGUGCGUAACAGUGAUUGUGGUCGUUUUGACCUACAGACCUCCAUGGUUGCAAAUCCUAAGGACCCUUAGAAAUAUUUCCACAAUACACACUGCCCAACAAAAUGUGGAGCUUCGGACUUGAACAUAAAUAAUUUUGUGCUACUGUUUUUUGCUAUUUGUAACAGCUUGAAUGAACAGCCAAGUGCUCCAGAUGUAUGAAGAGACCUCAGAAAUCAUGCAGUCAUCGGAUACACUCUGAGCUUAUUCAAUACAUUUGCAUGAGCAUAGCAGGACAGGGACUGUAAUGACGUAGCUGUCUUUUUGGUGCUUCAAAAAUAUAACAGGUGGUUAUGAUUGUUAAAUGAUCUGAUGCUACUUGUAACGAUCAGAUUCAAGGGCUUAAAGUGGCCCUUAACCACUUUUUAUCGAAGUCGAGAAAUGCAUUUGAAUUUAAAUUAGACUAU